AUGUCUGGCGAAACCUUCGAGUUCCAGGCUGAGAUUUCUCAGCUGCUCUCGCUGAUCAUCAACACUGUCUACUCAAACAAGGAGAUCUUCCUGCGAGAGCUUGUCUCCAACGCAUCAGAUGCCCUUGACAAGAUCCGAUACGAGGCCUUGUCCGACCCCAGCAAGCUGGACUCGGGCAAGGACCUCCGUGUCGACAUCAUUCCCGACAAGGAGAACAAGACCCUGACCAUCCGUGACACUGGUAUCGGCAUGACCAAGGCUGACCUCGUCAACAACCUCGGCACAAUCGCCCGCUCCGGCACAAAGCAGUUCAUGGAGGCCCUCACCGCGGGUGCUGACAUUUCCAUGAUUGGUCAGUUUGGUGUUGGUUUCUACUCCGCCUACCUGGUGGCCGACCGUGUCACGGUCGUCUCCAAGAACAACGACGACGAGCAGUACAUCUGGGAGUCCAGCGCCGGUGGUACCUUCACCAUCACCACCGACACCGAGGGUGAGCAGAUUGGCCGCGGUACCAAGAUCAUCCUCCACCUGAAGGAUGAGCAGGUCGACUACCUCAACGAGGCCAAGAUCAAGGAGGUCAUCAAGAAGCACUCCGAGUUCAUCUCAUACCCCAUCUACCUCCACGUCACCAAGGAGGAGGAGAAGGAGGUCCCUGAUGAGGAGGCCACUGAGACCACCGAGGAGGGUGACGACAAGAAGCCCAAGAUCGAGGAGGUCGACGACGAGGAGGAGGACAAGGAGAAGAAGCCGAAGACCAAGAAGAUCAAGGAGACCAAGAUCGAGGAGGAGGAGCUGAACAAGCAGAAGCCCAUCUGGACUCGCAACCCCUCUGACAUCACCCAGGAGGAGUACGCCGCGUUCUACAAGUCCCUGUCCAACGACUGGGAGGACCACCUGGCUGUCAAGCACUUCUCCGUCGAGGGUCAGCUCGAGUUCCGCGCCAUCCUGUUUGUGCCCAAGCGCGCCCCCUUCGACCUGUUCGAGACCAAGAAGACCAAGAACAACAUCAAGCUCUACGUCCGCCGUGUCUUCAUCACCGACGACGCCACCGAGCUCAUUCCCGAGUGGCUGAGCUUCGUCAAGGGUGUUGUCGACUCUGAGGACCUGCCUCUCAACCUGUCUCGUGAGACCCUGCAGCAGAACAAGAUCAUGAAGGUCAUCAAGAAGAACAUUGUCAAGAAGGCCCUCGAGCUCUUCCAGGAGAUCGCCGAGGACAAGGAGCAGUUCGACAAGUUCUACACUGCGUUCUCCAAGAACCUGAAGCUCGGAAUCCACGAGGACUCCCAGAACCGCCAGAUCCUGGCCAAGCUGCUCCGCUUCAACUCCACCAAGUCUGGUGACGAGCAGACCUCUCUGGCCGACUACGUCACUCGCAUGCCCGAGCACCAGAAGAACAUGUACUACAUCACCGGCGAGUCCCUCGCCGCUGUUGCCAAGUCCCCCUUCCUUGACGCCCUCAAGGCCAAGGAGUUCGAGGUCCUGUUCCUCGUCGACCCCAUUGACGAGUACGCCAUGACCCAGCUUAAGGAGUUCGAAGGCAAGAAGCUCGUGGACAUCACCAAGGACUUCGAGCUUGAGGAGACCGAGGAGGAGAAGGCCCAGCGUGAGAAGGAAGAGAAGGAGUACGAGGACCUUACCAAGGCUCUCAAGAACGUCCUCGGCGACAAGGUCGAGAAGGUCGUUGUCUCCCACAAGCUUGUUGGCUCCCCUUGCGCCAUCCGCACUGGCCAGUUCGGUUGGUCCGCCAACAUGGAGCGUAUCAUGAAGGCCCAGGCUCUCCGUGACACCUCCAUGUCCAGCUACAUGUCUUCCAAGAAGACCUUCGAGAUCUCCCCCAAGAGCCCCAUCGUCAAGGAGCUCAAGAAGAAGGUUGAGGCCGACGGUGAGAACGACAAGACCGUCAAGUCCAUCGUCCAGCUCCUGUUCGAGACCUCCCUGCUGGUCUCUGGCUUCACCAUUGACGAGCCCGCUGGCUUCGCCGAGCGUAUCCACAAGCUCGUGUCUCUGGGUCUGAACCUGGAUGACGAGCCCGAGGCUGCUGCCGAUGCUCCUGCCGCCUCUGACUCCACGCCUGCCGCCGAGACCGGUGACAGCGCCAUGGAGGAGGUUGACUAA